CACACGUCGUCGUAACCGACGGAGUACCAGUUAUGCAUAGAUACAAAUAAAUGUGCAAAAAAAGCUUUCACACGCGCGCGAGCACACAACCAUUUGUAAAUUGUUUAGAUAUAAUUCACCAUUAUAUAAAUUACGUAAUUAUACACUUAGAUAUUAUUUGACUGGUUUUGAGUUGACAUUUAAUCUUUUUGACCUCAACUAUAUUCCGGGAAUCGGUUAAAAUUUUCCACAAAUUCUACGUACAUAUAAACAUAAUGCACGCUGCCCUGUCUUCAUCACUCUACGCUGAACAAUCAACUGUGCAGGAAGUAUGAGGAAUACCAUUGCAAAUCAGAACACUGUUCUCAAAGUUACAAAGGAUAUUUCCAAGAAUUUGGAGGAAAAUUAGAAAAUGGAGCAAAGCAAUAGUGUCAACGUUUGUGUUAGUGUUUUGGAAGAACUAAAUACUAAAAUGGUGGAUGUUUAUUUUCCAGUGAUAACGUAUCUCGGAAUUUCAAUGGCACUUGGAACAAUUGGGAAUUGCUUUGUAUCAUACAUAUACUAUUAUAAAUUUGAUGCGACAGCCACGCAUAUGUUUAUUAUAGCACUCUCUGUGUGUGAUUUUCUAACUUGCAUAAUAUGUAUACCUAUGGACGUUGUGAUUCUACAUUUUUCCUACACUUUUCACAAUGAUGCUGCAUGCCGUGUGAUACGUUAUGUGGUAGCUGUAGCAGUAAUCAAUUCAGCUUUGAUUGUAUUUGUUAUAGCAGUUGAUAGAUACAUUCUUAUAUGUCGACCCCUUAAACAAAAUAUCUCCGUUAGAAAUUCAAAAAAGAUUCUAGCAUUUUUUACAAUCUUCACGCUUAUUGUUUCUAUACCAGCAAUUUUUGUACACGGCAAACAAAACAAAAUGGUGAAACGAUGUGGAAAUAUAGGAAAGGAGUGUUCACUUAUUCCCUAUAUAAAUGGCACAAUAUAUUCUUUAGCCUAUUAUUCUUUCGUGUCGACCGUUUGCUGUUGUAUGUUAAUAAUUCUUUUGAUUAUAUACUUAUUAAUUGGAAUGCGCAUUUGGAAAAUUUACAAAGCGAAGAAAAUUAAAGCAAUUCAGUUUCGUGAAACUUUCACUACUCGCACCAUUACCAAACUUGAAGAUCAGUUUACAGAUAGUCGUUCUUCAGUGAUGCAACCAUCCACUUUUGCACAUCUUAAAAAACAAUCAAUGCCACCAGCUCGGUCUAAUUUAAUAUUCUUCAUCAUCACUUUGGUGUGGAUUAUCGCUUAUAUACCACAUUUCGGCGGAGUAUUCUGGAUGUUGCUCGUUAAAGAUUUUGAAGUCGUUGCAAGUGAUAAAGAACUAGUGAUUAACAAAUUAUUAACGUAUUCUCUUUAUCUCAGCUCUGCUCUUAAUCCCUAUAUUUACGGACUUUUUAAUCGACAGUUUCGUAAUGAAUUGCUUGCUUUAUUUCGCAAUCUUUUCAAACCGUGUAAUAAAAAAAAUAUCGAAAUUCGUUGAAGCCAUCAUUUUAUAAUCAUUCAUAAGUUCUUUUCAACUUAAAAUAUGCAGAAACUGGUAUACAUGAUUUGCCACACAAAACUAUUUUUCUUCGAUAUUUGAAUGUUAUAUGAAAACAAAUAUAAAUCGUUCGGAAUACGUAACUACACGGU